AUGACAAUCGAAGGAGAAUUCAUAGGAUGGCAAGUAGAGAAAACUGCUGGCAAGAUAAUAGAUGCUCUGAAUGUUACAUGUCAUGCAGUUUCUGUUUCAAAUGUUGUUGGUAUCGUUGGUCCACAUUUAUCAAGAGAAGCUCAUCUAAUUGCUUCUUUCAGUGAAAAAAUUGGUAUACCUGUUAUAUCAUAUGCUGCAACGGAUCCUGAUUUAUCUGAUCGAAACAUUUAUCCUACUUUUUAUCGUACAGUUUCUUCAGAUGAUGUAGCUGCAUCAGCUCUUGUAAAACUAUUCAUUCAGUUUAAUUGGACAUCAUGUAUAAUAAUUUAUCAAAAUGAUGCCUUUGGAUUUGGUGGAGCUACAGCUAUAAGUAACGAAUUUAAUAAAAGUGGUUUAAUAGUCAAACAAAGGAUUGCAUUUGAUAUUACUAUACUUAGUAUUCGUGGUGAUUUGAAAAGUCUUUUAACUAAUGUUGCAACACGAAUUGUUGUGUUAUGGGCUGAAUCAAAUUAUACAUCUUUGAUUUUGCAAAAUGCUCUUAAUUCUAACGUAGUUGGACCAGAGUUUACAUGGAUACUAAGCUCUAAUGUUUCAUUAAAUUCUUUCAAUGAAACAUUUCAUGAAAACUUAAUUGGACUGCUUUUGAUUGAACCCACUAUAGGAUCAGUUGUCAAUGCUCCUAUCAAUACAACAUUAUUAAAUGCAGCAUAUAGUAUUUGGCAAGAGUAUGAACCUGAAUCAUUUCCUGGAUCAAUGAAUGUAGAUUAUUAUGCAUUAUUUGCAUUUGAUGCAACAUGGACACUAAUUCAAUCACUACAACGAUUGUGUGAAUCAAAAAUAAAUAAUUCUUUUUCGUGUUUAUCAUUUGUUGGAUCUUCGAACUGUUUUGAUCAUCGUUUCAUUCAUUCCGAUUCAUUGUUAGAUGCUGUUAGUAGAACAGAAUUUCUUGGUGUAUCUGGCCCUAUACAAUUUAGUGUUAAUGUAACAGAUCGAAUAAUUGGUUUGUAUUAUUCUGCAAAAAAUGCUCAACCUUCUUUGAAUGGUUUGAAUUUUGUGCCUAUAUUAGAAUAUUGUCAUCCUGGUGAUUGGAGAACACCUUCAAAAGAAAAUGUUAUAAUAUGGCCAGGCAAUACAUUACAAUAUCCUUCUUGUCAAGCGAUUCUUGAAGGUGUAAAUUUACGAAUAGGCAUUAUUGAAUCAAUUCCAUUUACAAUAGUUGAAAAGAUCAUGGAUGCAUAUGGACAAAGUACAAUACAGUAUAGUGGCUAUGUACUCGAUCUUAUCAAUCUUUUACAAAGUAAAACAGGCUUCAUUCCAACUAUUCAGUUAGCACCAUCAAAUCAAACAUAUAAUGGAUUAAUUCAAGUAGUAAGUAACGGUGUUUACGAUAUAGUGAUAGGUGAUGUGACUGUUACCGCUGCAAGAAGAGAAUUAGUCGAUUUUUCCAAUGCCAUAUUUGAUAAUUCUUUACGUAUUGUUGUACGAAAAACACUCGAUAUUAAUAUCGAUCUGUUUUCAUUCUUGAAACCGUUUUCACGUAAUCUCUGGUUAUUAGUCUUAGUUACUUUUAUCUAUGCUGGUAUUUUGAUGUGUAUAUUAGAGAGACAAGAUAACGAAGCAUUACAAAAUCGGUCAAGAUUGUCUCAAGUUGCAAUGAGUAUAUGGUAUUCGUUUGGUAACAUUGUUGGAUAUGGUGUAGAUUUUUAUACUAAUACGGCUGCUGGACGCUUAUUAACUGCUGGUUUAUAUAUCCUAAGCUUGAUAUUAGUAGCAUCAUAUACUGCAAAUUUAGCAUCUGAACUAACAAUAGCAAAAUCAAAAGAUAUUAUUUCUGGAAUUGAUGAUAUUAAAAAUGGAAAAAUACCAUUUAAUCGUAUCGGUAUUCGAGAAGGUACAGUUAGUGAAGAUUAUUAUCUAAGGGAAAUAUCCGGAGGAAAGCGAAACUAUUAUCCAUUAAAAUCUCAGAAUGAUGUAUUUGAUAGUCUACUCGCUGGUAUAAUUGACGUAUCUUUCGUGGAUAGUGGUUCUGCUGAAUAUAUCACGAAUAAUGUAUAUUGUAACUUAACUUUAAUUGGAAAUGAUUUUGAUAAAGGUGUAUUGGGUAUUGUUACUCCUGAGAAAUGGUUAUAUGCACAAGAUUUAGAUGUGAAUCUUUUAUCACUACAAGAAUCAGGCGACCUUGAAAAUUUAAGGCAGAAAUGGUUUCAAGUAAAAAAGUGUCCCGAUUCAUUUGAGAAACCGAAUGCGAUCGGAAUUCAAGCAAUAAGUGGAUUAUUUUUGGUUUUUGGAGUAAUUAGUAUUCUAUCAUUAUUAUUAUUUGCAUGGAGGAAACAACAUAGUAUAAAAAAUGAUUUAUUUAUAUUGUUAAGUCGAAAAAAGUCUUCAAUCAGAAGUAAACUCUUCUCAAACAGACGCUCAAGCGAAACUUCUGAACAUUCGAAAGAUCAUCCAAUAGGGUUGCACAAUAUUUCAUAUUUUUAA